UCCAACGUGUUCUCCAUGUUUGAACAGGCUCAGAUCCAGGAGUUCAAAGAAGCUUUCACCAUCAUGGAUCAGAACAGAGACGGUUUCAUUGACAAGAAUGACCUGAGAGACACGUUCGCAGCUUUAGGCCGUGUAAAUGUCAAGCAAGAAGAGAUUGAUGAGAUGCUGAAGGAGGCACCAGGACCGAUUAAUUUCACAGUCUUUCUCACCAUGUUUGGAGAGAAACUAAAAGGUGCCGACCCGGAGGAGACCAUCCUCAAUGCGUUCAAGGUCUUCGAUCCUGAGGCCAAAGGAACGUUAAGGAAAGAUUUUGUGACCGACAUGUUGACCACUCAGGCGGACAGGUUCUCCCCUGAAGAGAUGGAACAGAUGUUUGCAGCGUUCCCACCAGAUGUAGCGGGAAACCUGGACUACAAGAACCUGGUCCACGUCAUCACGCAUGGUGAAGAGAAAGACCAAGAGUAGAUGACUCCGGAGAUUUCACUCUGGACGUUUAAA